CAAAUCGUACUGAAAAGAACAAAUUUCUUUCUAAUAAAACGUUUGAAAUGUAUGCCAAACACAAUAAACCAAAACUUUCGCGGGGCGUGCUUGACAUGAAAUUCAUGCAACGCACAAAAGCCAAGGUUGAUAAGGAAGCCGAUGACGAACAAGGCCGGGCACUUUAUUCCAACGAAAUCAGUGGGAAUAUGCUGAACAGCAAUUCCAACUUUAUUAUAGAGCCUAGCUAUUCCAUCUGCGAAGGGCUUAUUGAUGGACGACUUAGUUUUCGUGGCAUGAAUCCAGAGUUGGAGCGCUUAAUGGAGUUGGAGCAAGCAGAGAAACAAGUCAAAACGAAACAAGAACAGCCCAAGGAAGUCUCAGAUGUGGAAAUGGCUAAGUACAUGCAAAGAAAAUUCAACGGAAAAAAUGAUUUCAACAAAAGGAAGCCUAACGCAAUAUUGAACAAUAAGGCCUUUAAACCAAAAAAGCAGAAGCAUCAUUUUAUGAAACCGCGAGAAGACGAUGAUUCUGGAGAAGCAGAAGCAUAAUUACUGUCAACAAUUUAAUGGUGUAUAUUACAAUAGAUUUAUAAGACUUCUAUACAAGCUAACAUACAUUCAUAUAAAAUGUAAAGUUAAUAUGAUAUCCGUUGCUUGACGGCCUGCAGGGCAUAACACAUUUGUGAGGAGUUUAUCCAACGCCAAGUAUUGCUCCAAAAGUCAUAUGUACUGCCAUUGAUCAGCACAGUGUGACAGUCCACUACAUAGAAUAUAGGAAUUAAAAAAUAUUUUCUUUGUUGAUGAA